AUGUUCAAUACAGAUCAUCCUCUAUUAGAUGGGUUCGCGAACACCGAUUACAAAAUCCUACUAUAUGUCCCUUGCCUAGAACGACAACGUAAUAUCGAAGUAGCGCCCGAUCUCCGGGAGGUCUCCAACGAUUUCCAACAAACGUUCUGA